CCAUCGAGUGGAGAGCCAUGUUCCGGACCCGGGUGCACCGCAAUCUGUCGUGGAUUUCGACGAAUUCCUCGCGAACGACGACGACCCACGGGCAGCACUACCAGUAUCUGCAGUGUUCCAAGCUGCCGACGCUGUAUUUCCAGCGCUCCCUGCCCAGAUUGCCCAUUCCGCUGCUGGAGAACAGCUGUCGGCGCUUCCUGGAGGCCACCCGGCCGCUCCUCUCGCCGGCGGAGCAGGCGGCAACCCGGGAAACGGUAGAGCAGUUCCGCCAGGGAAUCGGCAUGGAAUUGCACUCGAAGCUGAAGAACCACGAUGCGGAGAACAAGCACACCAGCUACAUAUCGCAGCCCUGGUUCGACAUGUACCUGGCCGACCGGGCUCCCCUGCCCCUCAACUACAAUCCCCUGCUGGUGAUGAAGAGCGAUGCGCGGCCGGAGUACCAAAACCAGGUGGUGAGGGCCACCAAUUUGAUCAUCAGUUCGCUGCGCUUUUGGCGCUCUCUGCAAUCGGAUCUCCUGGAGCCGGAGGUCUAUCACAUGAACGCCAAGAAGAGCGACACGCCCAGCUACCGCAGGUGGAUGAAGGUGGCCCCCAAAGCCUUUGCCACCUACGCUUCGUAUGCCUUUAAGGCGUUCCCCUUGGACAUGAGCCAGUACAACCGGCUGUUUGGCACCUCCAGGAUUCCCAGGAUUGACAAGGACGAACUGGUUCAGUCGCCCGACGCCAAGCAUAUCGUGGUCAUGCGACGUGGUCACUUGUACGCCGUAAAUGUCCUGGAUUCCAGUGGCUACAUUGAGAGUCCCAGUGUGAUUUUAGGUAGACUGAGAGCUGUUCUGAAGUUGGAUGCAGAUCGGGAGGCAGCCAGUGUUCCACUGGGAGUCCUGACCUCCGGACAGCGCGAUGAUUGGGCCAAAAGCCGCCAGCAGUUUGUCAGUAAUCCCAGGAAUGCCGAUCUCCUCCAGAGCGAGGUGGAUGCGGCUCUCUUUUGCGUUUGUCUGGAUGGCGAGGAGGAUGGUGUGUUUGAUGAAAACAAGCAGGAGCCUCUCCUCAAGCAUCUGCUGGCGGGAAAGGCGCAGAAUCGUUGGUUUGACAAGUCCAUUUCCCUGCUCAUCAGCGCCGAUGGCACCACGGCCAUCAACUUUGAGCACUCGUGGGGCGAUGGCGUGGCUGUGCUGCGCUACUUCAACGAGCUCUACAAGGACACCCUGAAGCAGCCCUUUGUUUCCACCGAGACGGUGCAUACACCCGCCGAAGGGGAUUACGCGAAUGUGCGACCCAUCAACUUUGAGUUCGACGAGGCAACCAAAGCGGCGGUUGCCGAGGCCUAUAAGAAAAACGAAGACAUUGUCAACAGUCUGGAUAUGAAUGUCCUCAAGUAUCCGCACAUGAACAAGCCCACCUGCAAGCAGUAUGGCCUGAGUCCCGACUCCAUCAUCCAGCUGUCCUUCCAGCUGGCCUAUCGCCAGGCCCACGGCGGCUACGUGGGCAGCUACGAGUCGUGCAGCACCUCCGCCUUCCGGCAUGGACGCACCGAAACGAUGCGUCCCUGCACGCAGGCCACGCGCGACUUUUGCGAGGCCAUUCUGCAGCCGGAGCGGAGCAAACCGACGGCCGGCGAGCUGCGCGGAAUGAUCGACAAGUGCAGCCAGGUGCAUGGCCAGCUCACCAAGGAGGCGGCCAUGGGCCAGGGCUUCGAUCGGCAUCUGUUUGCCCUGCGGCACACGGCCCAAAAGGAGGGAAUACCCCUACCCGAUCUCUACGAGACUGAGGCUUACAGGCGCAUUAAUAACAACAUCAUCAGUACCUCAACCCUGGGAUCCGAUGCCCUGCUAGCGGGCUCCUUCGGUCCGGUGGUCAGGAAUGGCUUCGGAAUUGGCUAUUCGAUUCAGAACGAUUUUGCCGGGGCCAUUGUAACCACGUACAAAAACCAGGCCGAUGGGAAGGUGUUCAUCGACAGUCUGGAAUCGGCAUUUGAUAAAAUUUGCGCUGUCAUCCAGCAGAGCGGCAGUAGCAAGAAGUAGAAGAGAACCCAGUCCCCCAUGAAUAUGGCUUUAACGAAACGAAAGGAGAUUUAUUUUGAUGCUUUUACACUGUAGCCCAUGUGUCUGAAUUGCAAUAUCUUAUUCCUAGCUCUACAAUUUAUAGAUUAUACACUGAAAACAUUCUACCCCAUCUAAA